AUGGGCUAUGACCACGCUGAACAGAGAGAGCUGGAUCCUCUGGAAACCACGGAAGCUCCGGAAGCCACCUCGAGCUCCAGCUCUGGGAGAAGCCUCGAUGAGAAGCCAAGGCGAUGGGAGGAACCUGAGGAGAGCAGAGAGUCUAUAACCUCCGUCCCAGACGAAAAGGGCAGACCAGAGAAGGAGCUGGAUAAGAGGAAGCAUACACAUUCUCGGGGAAAGUUGAAGCUGAGGUCGGCCGACGAUGAUUUACCGACCGAUUGGUGGUUCGCUUCCACCGCAAUCCCUCUCAUCGCUGCUACCUUUGCCCCCAUGGCCAAUUUGUUGUCCAUUGCCGCUCUGGUCGUUUCUUGGAGGAAUAAUGUGAUUGAAUCCGAAGACGAACCCAGUUAUCAGUCCACCUCGGUGGGAUAUCCAGACCCGAGGUGGUGCAUCAACCUGAACAUUGCUUCCCUGGUCUGCGGUUUUGUUGGUAAUCUCUUUCUACUAUUUAACUUUACCAGACGGAUUCGGUACAUCGUGGCCCUUCCAGCCACCAUCGUUUUAUUUUACCUAGCUUCUGGGAUCCUCAUCGCCCUCACUGUAUCCAUCAACAUUCACGACCCCCCUGGCAAGGACCAGAUCUAUUCUCAAGGCUUCUGGAACGCCAUUCUCGCCGCUUGUCUCUACAUGUUCAAUUCCAUGAUUCUGAUGGUGAACAUGGGUGGCUAUUUUCUUGGGCACUAUCCACAACACUUCACUCUUAGCGAUGAGCAACGAAAUCUUAUCCUUCAGACCAUGAUGUUCUUCAUCUGGCUCGGUGGGGGAGCGGCCGUCUUCACAAAGAUUGAGCCAACUUGGACGUAUCCCGAUUCUUUAUAUUUCUGCGAUGUCACCAUUUUGACCAUCGGCUUCGGUGACUACACGCCUACAGAUGAUCUUGGCAGAGGACUUGUCUUCCCAUAUUCAGUCGGCGGUACCGUCAUCCUGGGUCUCAUGGUGAGCUCUAUUCAUAAAUUCGCAGGAGAGCUUAGUACUGUCAAUGUCCUGAGGAAACACGUUGAAACGAGAAGAGUAAACACUUUGUCACGGGUGGUGACGGUCGACAAGGACGAGGACAAAAGGAGGGAUGCCCUAGAGAAAGAAUUUGAGCAGUUGCAUCAACACCGCAUGUCCAUCUCCUCACCCCUUCCCAAUCCCCAGAUACAGCAUGAUCUAGAUGAAGCGGCAGCAGCUGCUGCAGCCGACCAAGACCGUCAUGAAAGACGUGUAGAGUUUGGGAACACAAACGCUGAAACACUGAAGCACGAUAAUGCUGAGGAUGAGCCACAUCCUCACCAGUUUUUGAAUUCUGCAUUCCACAACGGACCAAUCCACAUGACCAUGAGACUGAUCACGAAGCAAGUCAAGAAUUUGAAGAAAGUCAGGACCCGGUCCCAAAAAGUCAUCCUUAUGCGAGAGGAGAAGGAUCGUUUUGACGCCAUGCGUAACAUUCAACUCAACGCCAAAAAGUUCAAGAAAUGGUAUGCCUUGUUGGUGUCCGUUUCAGCCUUUGGCGUUCUGUGGUGCGUUGGGGCAAUCGUGUUUUGGCAGGCCGAGCAACGCACACAGCACAUGAGCUAUUUUCAAUCUCUCUACUUCUGCUACGUGAGUCUUUUGACAAUCGGCUAUGGUGAUCUCAGCCCCAAGAGCAACGCUGGCAAGGCAUUUUUUGUGGUAUGGUCUCUGAUAGCUGUUCCCACCAUGACCAUCCUCGUCUCGGAUAUGGGUGACACGGUCAUAUCCAGUUUCAAACGCGGGACUUUCAUGCUUGGUGAUUUGACUGUUCUUCCAAAAGCUGGGUUGUGGCAUGACGUUCUCAAGUCAAAUCAGUGGCUGUGGGACUGGAUGAACAGGAAAAUCGAAAAGAACCGCCGGAAAGGUGGCCUGCCGGUGGGUCCUCCCACGGGUCCGGCGCAUUGUGAAGGUCUUCCUGAAUUGACCAUUGAAGAACUUGCGAAUGAGUCUCCUAGCGAAGCAGAAAUGACGAAGCGGCUUGCGUGGGCGAUUCGGAAGACGGCAGAUGACCUACAACAUUCACCAGGGAUGCGAUAUAGUUACGAACAGUGGUGUGAAUUCACCCGUCUGAUUCGGUUCAGCAAGAUUGGGCUGUCCCGCAUGGACUACGAUGAGGACCGAGACGGAGUUGUGGAAUGGGACUGGCUUGAGGAGAGCAGUCCCAUGCUCAGUGGACAGACUGAAUCCGAAUGGAUUCUCGAUCGACUCUGCGAAAGUCUUUUGCGACUCUUGAAAAGAAAUAUGCUUGGUGUCCAGAGCACGCCGAGUUCCGCCUUCCCUGCUUCGAGUACGGCGGAUACACCAAUGUACGAUCUCACACGUCAGAACACCGCGUACGACGAUGAAUUUUGGGGACCCAAGGACGGAAAGGCCAACAACUGUAAGGGCAAAACCACCGAACAACCCAUGGCGACGCCAGCGGAAGAACGCCAACGCAGAGCCUCCGGAGCCGAUGCAAUCUUGACAUUUUUCACUGGUGACAGGAAAGGUACACAUACAUAUGCUUCUGAAGGUCCAUUGUGGAGCAAGAAGGCGAAGGAGAAAGCAAAGGAGCGAAGGAAGACCAGUAUCACGAAGAAACGAAAGGGCCCAUUCAGUCGUCUCCAUCAUUCAGAGGCAACCGGUGCCAUUGGUGGAGGACGAGGUGGCGCGGGCUUGCGGACGCUUAAAAUGCGACAUUUUGCUGGGGAUGGAUCUGGUGCCCAGGGUGCGAGAAGGAGGGAUGGUCUUUGA